AUGUCUCUCGUUCACUUCUCUGACUCCUUCCAGGACCAACUCAGCAGGAGCAAGCCCGGGGAAGAUGUCCCCCACCAGGCUCCUCUACCGGCUCAGGGGUCCUGGAGACAUAGGCAUCCCUUCCUGAAGGCCCAAGAAGAGGAGGAAGAGGAAGAGGAGGAAGAGGAGGAUAAAUACGAGCUGCCCCCCAGUGAUGUUCUGCAUCUCAGUCUCGCCCCCGCCCACUUUCCUGGCUGCGAAGAGGACUCUGUGUACAUGGAUCACUGUGGCUUCCCGAGCCCAUCCAAGCCACCGCCACCGCAGCCCCAGACCCUGGUGGUGACCCGGCUCCCCACGAGCCCCUCCUCCUCCACCCGCCCCAGCCCCGGGCACUUUUACCCUCUGAAGGUAGCAGAGGUGAGCCUGCAGAGGAGCAUGAAGCAGGGACCAUCUUUUGGAAGGCCAGAGCCAGGUACUCCAGACAGAGUGGUACAAGGGCCUCCACACAAACCUGAAGAGGACAUCUACCUGCAGUGUGAGCCCAGUCCAGGAUUUGCAUCAAAGCAGGAAAUACACAAGACCAUUUCCCAUCUGGAUGUGACUGUGUGGGGCCUACCUGCCUCUGCCCAGAUCACCUCAGCCACAGAGGAUGGUAGCUUGCUGGGUCAGCCUUGGUACUCAGGGAACCCUGACCGCCAUGCUGUGGAGAGGGCCCUGCUCCAAGUCGGCAAGGAUGGGGCCUUCACUGUGCGCCCCAGCUCAGAGCCUCAGGGCUCCCAGCCCCUCACCCUGGUGGUGCUUCUCCAUGGCCGGGUCUUCAACAUUCCCAUCCGGCAACCAUGUGGUGGGCGUCAUUAUGCCCUGGGCCGGGAGGGCAAGAGCCAUGAGGAGCUCUUCUCUUCUGUGACCGCCAUGGUUAAGCACUACGCACAACACCCCCUGCCCCUGCUGGACAGACUCCAGGGUGGCCGGCGACUCACCUGCCUGCUCUUCCCCACCAAGCCCUGACUCAGAACCCAGAGUUUGCUCCCGUGGCUGCCUUUUUCUCUUCUCUCCCAGUUUCUCUUUAGUCCCUUGUCCCAGUCCCAGUAGGUACUAUAGACAGAGUCUGGAAAAGGCGACCCACCAACACCCCUACCGCUCUGCCCCCAAAGACAGGCACUGUGUUCCCAGAUGGAUUUCCAAGGCUGGGCAGCAGGGGGCAGCCUCCUGCCCAUUCCCAGCUCCAAGAAGUUAUUUUGUCCACCCUGCUUACUAAUCCUUCUAGGCUGGUCUAGUGAAAGCCUGGUGGUGCUGGGCUGGGGAAGACACAGUUGCACAGCAUGGGCAGUGCUUGGACACAGAUCUAUUUACUUUCUCCUUGGAGCUAAAAAAAAAACAAAAAAACAAAAACCCACCAACCAACCAGACCUACUUUCCCAGUGCAACAGUGCAGGGAGAGUGGGGGUUUGAACCUUGGCCCUCCUGUGCCUCAGGCAUUGGAGUUUUGAAGCUCUAGCAACUGAAGCUUUUCCCUCACCCUCUCCUAGGAAUAGAGCUAGGCGAUGGGGGUGGGGAUGGGAAUGAUUCAGCCUGCACACUUCACUUCCAAUAAA